CCAUCCAUCCUGCCCAUCCAUCCUGCCCAUCCAUCCUGCCCAUCCAUCCUGCCCGUCCAUCCUGCCCGUCCAUCCUGCCCAUCCAUCCUGCCCGUCCAUCCUGCCCAUCCAUCCUGCCCAUCCAUCCUGCCCAUCCAUCCUGCCCAUCCAUCCUGCCGUCCAUUGCCAUCCUGCCCAUCCAUCCUGCCCAUCCAUCCUGCCGUCCAUCCUGCAUCAUCCUGCCCGUCCAUCCUGCCCAUCCAUCCUGCCCAUCCAUCCUGCCCAUCCAUCCUGCCCAUCCAUCCUGCCCAUCCAUCCUGCCCAUCCAUCCUGCCCAUCCAUCCUGCCCUCCAUCCUGCCCAUCCAUCCCUGCCCAUCCAUCCUGCCCAUCCAUCCUGCCCGUCCAUCCUGCCCAAUCCAUCCUGCCCUCCAUCCUGCCCAUCCAUCCUGCCCGUCCAUCCUGCCCCAUCCCAUCCUGCCCAUCCAUCCUGCCCAUCCAUCCUGCCCAUCCAUCCUGCCCGUCCAUCCUGCCCGUCCAUCCUGCCCAUCCAUCCUGCUCAUCCAUCCUGCCCAUCCAUCCUGCCCAUCCAUCCUGGCCGUCCAUCCUGCCCAUCCAUCCUGCCCGUCCAUCCUGCCCAUCCAUCCUGCCCGUCCAUCCUGCCCAUCUAUCCUGCCCAUCCAUCCUGCCCGUCCAUCCUGCCCGUCCAUCCUGCCCAUCCAUCCUGCCCGUCCAUCCUGCCCAUCCAUCCUGCCCAUCCAUCCUGCCCAUCCAUCCUGCCCAUCCAUCCUGCCCGUCCAUCCUGCCCAUCCAUCCUGCCCAUCCAUCCUGCCCAUCCAUCCUGCCCGUCCAUCCUGCCCAUCCAUCCUGCCCGUCCAUCCUGCCAUCCAUCCUGCCCAUCCAUCCUGCCCAUCCAUCCUGCCCUCCAUCCUGCCCAUCCAUCCUGCCCAUCCAUCCUGCCAUCCAUCCUGCCCAUCCAUCCUGCCCAUCCAUCCUGCCCAUCCAUCCUGCCCGUCCAUCCUGCCCAUCCAUCCUGCCCGUCCAUCCUGCCCAUCCAUCCUGCCCGUCCAUCCUGCCCAUCCAUCCUGCCCAUCCAUCCUGCCCAUCCAUCCUGCCCAUCCAUCCUGCCCAUCCAUCCUGCCCGUCCAUCCUGCCCAUCCAUCCUGCCCAUCCAUCCUGCCCAUCCAUCCUGCCCAUCCAUCCUGCCCAUCCAUCCUGGCCGUCCAUUCUGCCCAUCCAUCCUGCCCGUCCAUCCUGCGCAUCCAUCCUGCCCAUCCAUCCUGCCCAUCCAUCCUGCCCAUCCAUCCUGCCCGUCCAUCCUGCCCGUCCAUCCUGCCCAUCCAUCCUGCCCGUCCAUCCUGCCCAUCCAUCCUGCCCAUCCAUCCUGCCCAUCCAUCCUGCCCAUCCAUCCUGCCCAUCCAUCCUGCCCAUCCAUCCUGCCCAUCCAUCCUGCCCGUCCAUCCUGCCCAUCCAUCCUGCCCAUCCAUCCUGCCCAUCCAUCCUGCCCAUCCAUCCUGCCCAUCCAUCCUGCCCGUCCAUCCUGCCCAUCCAUCCUGCCCAUCCAUCCUGCCCAUCCAUCCUGCCCAUCCAUCCUGCCCGUCCAUCCUGCCCAUCCAUCCUGCCCAUCCAUCCUGCCCAUCCAUCCUGCCCGUCCAUCCUGCCCAUCCAUCCUGCCCAUCCAUCCUGCCCAUCCAUCCUGCCCGUCCAUCCUGCCCAUCCAUCCUGCCCAUCCAUCCUGCCCAUCCAUCCUGCCCGACCAUCCUGCCCAUCCAUCCUGCCCAUCCAUCCUGCCCAUCCAUCCUGCCCAUCCAUCCUGCCCAUCCAUCCUGCCCGUCCAUCCUGCCCAUCCAUCCUGCCCAUCCAUCCUGCCCAUCCAUCCUGCCCAUCCAUCCUGCCCGUCCAUCCUGCCCGUCCAUCCUGCCCAUCCAUCCUGCUCAUCCAUCCUGCCCAUCCAUCCUGCCCAUCCAUCCUGGCCGUCCAUUCUGCCCAUCCAUCCUGCCCUCCAUUCCUGCCAUCCAUCCUGCCCAUCCAUCCUGCCCAUCCAUCCUGCCCAUCCAUCCUGCCCAUCCAUCCUGCCCAUCCAUCCUGCCCGUCCAUCCUGCCCAUCCAUCCUGCCCAUCCAUCCUGCCCAUCCAUCCUGCCCAUCCAUCCUGCCCAUCCAUCCUGCCCGUCCAUCCUGCCCAUCCAUCCUGCCCGUCCAUCCUGCCCAUCCAUCCUGCCCGUCCAUCCUGCCCAUCCAUCCUGCCCAUCCAUCCUGCCCAUCCAUCCUGCCCACCAUCCUGCCCAUCCAUCCUGCCCGUCCAUCCUGCCCAUCCAUCCUGCCCAUCCAUCCUGCCCAUCCAUCCUGCCCGUCCAUCCUGCCCAUCCAUCCUGCCCAUCCAUCCUGCCCAUCCAUCCUGCCCGUCCAUCCUGCCCAUCCAUCCUGCCCAUCCAUCCUGCCCAUCCAUCCUGCCCGACCAUCCUGCCCAUCCAUCCUGCCCAUCCAUCCUGCCAUCCAUCCUGCCCGUCCAUCCUGCCCAUCCAUCCUGCCCAUCCAUCCUGCCCAUCCAUCCUGCCCAUCCAUCCUGCCCGUCCAUCUGCCCAUCCAUCCUGCCCGUCCAUCUCCGCCCAUCCAUCCUGCCCAUCCAUCCUGCCCAUCCAUCCUGCCGUCCAUCCUGCCCAUCCAUCCUGCCCGUCCAUCCUGCCCAUCCAUCCUACCCAUCCAUCCUGCCCAUCCAUCCUGCCCGACCAUCCUGCCCAUCCAUCCUGCCCGUCCAUCCUGCCCAUCCAUCCUGCCCAUCCAUCCUUCCCAUCCAUCCUGCCCGUCCAUCCUGCCCGUCCAUCCUGCCCAUCCAUCCUGCCCAUCCAUCCUGCCCAUCCAUCCUGCCCUUCCAUCCUUCCCGUCCAUCCUGCCCGUCCAUCCUGCCCAUCCAUCCUGCCCAUCCAUCCUGCCCGUCCAUCCUGCCCAUCCAUCCUACCCAUCCAUCCUGCCCAUCCAUCCUUCCCGUCCAUCCUGCCCAUCCAUCCUGCCCGUCCAUCCUGCCCAUCCAUCCUGCCCAUCCAUCCUGCCCAUCCAUCCUGCCCAUCCAUCCUGCCCAUCCAUCCUGCCCAUCCAUCCUGCCCAUCCAUCCUGCCCAUCCAUCCUGCCCAUCCAUCCUGCCCGUCCAUCCUGCCCAUCCAUCCUGCCCAUCCAUCCUGCCCAUCCAUCCUGCCCAUCCAUCCUGCCCAUCCAUCCUGCCCAUCCAUCCUGCCCGUCCAUCCUGCCCGUCCAUCCUGCCCAUCCAUCCUGCCCGUCCAUCCUGCCCAUCCAUCCUGCCCAUCCAUCCUGCCCAUCCAUCCUGCCCAUCCAUCCUGCCCAUCCAUCCUGCCCAUCCAUCCUGCCCGUCCAUCCUGCCCAUCCAUCCUGCCCAUCCAUCCUGCCCAUCCAUCCUGCCCAUCCAUCCUGCCCGUCCAUCCUGCCC